AUGCUAUCUACUAAAUUGUUCAAGCCAUCUUUAACCAGAGGUUUCAAGACUUUUACCCCAACCCUUUUCAAAGCUGGUGACUCCAUUCCAACCGGUUUGAAAGGUUUACACGAGUCUAGUCCUGGAAAUUCCGUCGAUUUGGGUAAAGAAGUCGCCCACGGUAAGUACAUCAUCGUUGGUCUGCCAGCAGCAUUCUCUCCAGCAUGUUCUGCCUCUCAUGUGCCAGGUUACAUUGCUCAUUUGAAGGAAUUGAAGGAAAAGGGUGUCAAGCAAGUUUUCGUCACUGCUGUCAACGAUUCCUUCGUUACUCAAGCAUGGGCCGAAGAUCUAGGUGUCCCAAGCGAUAUCAGAAUCAUUGCUGAUACUCUUGGUGAGUUUGCUAAGGCCGGUGACCAUUUAUUCGACUCCAAGCAAAUUUUCGGUAAUGACAGAUCUAUCAGAUACGCUGUCAUUGUUCAAGACGGUAAAGUCGUCAAGGAAUUCGCUGAGCCAGACAAGAUCGGUGUUGACGUAUCCUCUGCCGAAAACGUCUUGAAGGAAUUAUAA